GGCAGCCCACUUCCGGGCGGGGCGGGGCGGGGCGUGGACAGGCGCCCGCCCCGCCCGGCGGGUCGCUCCGCAUCCGUCCGUCCGUCCGUCCGACCGUGCGUGCGUGCUUCCCCCACAGACCCGACACACGCUCGGCCAGGCCGGGUCGGAGCGGCCCCAUCAUGGGCUGUGGAGCUGGCGGGAGCUGCACCCCGCGGCCGCCCAUCCGCCGGCAGCCGGCAGCCGAAACCCGCGUGGUCGCUGUGGUCUUCCUCGGCCUCCUGCUGGACCUUCUGGCCUUCACCCUGCUGCUGCCCCUGCUGCCCGCGCUGCUGGAGAGCCACGGCCGUGCCCGCGACCCCCUCUAUGGCUCGUGGCAGCGCGGGGUGGACCGGUUUGCGGCAGCCAUCGGGAUGCCAGCAGAGAAGAGGUACAACAGCGUCCUGUUCGGAGGUCUGAUUGGCUCGGUUUUCUGCCUCCUGCAGUUCCUCGCAGCGCCGCUCACCGGGGCCGUCUCUGACUGCCUGGGGAGGCGCCCGGUGAUGCUGCUGUCCCUGACAGGUCUGGCCGCCUCGUAUGCCGUGUGGGCUGCCUCGAAGAGCUUUGCGGCCUUCCUGGCCUCCAGGGUGAUCGGGGGCAUCAGCAAGGGGAACGUCAGCCUCUCCACUGCCAUCGUCGCCGACCUGGGCUCGCCUCCUGCCCGCAGCAGGGGCAUGGCAGUCAUCGGGGUGGCCUUCUCUCUGGGCUUCACGCUGGGCCCCAUGCUUGGCGCCUCCCUACCCGUGGAGAUGGUGCCUUGGCUGGCCCUGCUCUUCGCGGUCUCGGACCUGCUGUUCAUCUCCUGUUUCCUGCCGGAGACGCUGCCCCCGGAGAAGCGGGCACCUUCCGUCACGCUGGGGUUCCGAGCUGCCGCGGACCUGCUCAGCCCCCUGGCCCUGCUCUGCUUCUCAGCUGUGGCACGUGGCCCAGAGCCGCCCACUGGAGUCAGGCUGGGUAGUCUGCGUCUGCUGGGCCUGGUCUACUUCCUCUACCUCUUCCUGUUCUCGGGCCUGGAGUUCACACUGAGCUUCCUCGUGCACCAGCGCUUCCAGUUCAGCAGCCUGGAGCAGGGCAAGGUGUUCCUCUUCAUCGGCCUCACCAUGGCCGCCAUCCAGGGUGCCUACGCCCGGCGGAUCGGCCCUGGCCAGGAGAUCACAGCUGUGAAGCGGGCCAUCUUGCUGCUCAUCCCCGCCUUCCUCCUCAUCGGCUGGGGGCACACGCUGCCCGCGCUGGGCCUGGGGCUGCUGCUCUACUCCUUCGCCGCUGCCGUCGUGGUGCCCUGCCUGUCCUCUGCGGUCGCCGGCUACGGCUCGCCCGGGCAGAAGGGCGUGGUCAUGGGCACGUUGCGGAGCCUGGGCGCCUUGGCCAGGGCGGUGGGGCCUGUGGUGGCCGCCUCAGUGUACUGGCUGGCCGGAGCCCGGGUCUGCUACACCGUGUGCGCGGGGCUCUUCCUGCUCCCCUUCUCCCUCCUGCGGAACCUGAGGCCUGCAGCGGGGACACUCAAGGCCGCGUAGCUGAGCCACCCCCACGCCGGCGCGGGGACCUGGGGCAGGAAGUGGGAGGCCUGGGCCAGGACGCUCCCCACUGCCCGCCUCCCCCCCACCCCCCAGGGCCCUUGCACCCGCGACACUCCUGCGUGGACCUGCCUCCCAGGCUUUCGGUUCACUUGUCUUUUAUGCUCAGCGACACAGGGUAGCCGCCAGGCCCCCGAAUGACCAGAUGACACAGCUAUUUUAUACCAAGUGCCUUUCUCCAGUGCACCGUCUGCCGCAGCCGCCACCACCCCGGGCGACCCCCAGGCACUCGCAGGAGCAGCUUGAGCUGAGCAGCCUUCAGCGCGCCACUGCCCGCACGCGGGCAAGGCUCUGCCCAGGCCUGUCUCCCUUCUGCACUGUGGUGGGGCUGGACCGUCAGACAAAGGACCCCCCCCACCCCAGUACUGGGGUCAGCACCUGUCAGGUGGGACUUGGGGUGUGUCCUGCCCCCCGGCAGACUGGGGAGGAGCAACCCCUCUGCUGGGCUGCCCCCCACCCCCCUGUGGGCGAACAGGCACCCCGGGGCGGGCGCUUCUGGGUCGGAGGCGUCCUCCACGGCCCAGUGACAGACUGUGUUGGAUCAAGAAAUACCCGCUUUGGGGUCUUUUUUUGGAACAUGAAGUAAACGUCUGGAAGUCCUAUUUUAAGGGAACAAAGAAAAGGAGUCAAGAUGCAAGACCACUUCCCAAGUUUAGACAAGUAAAUUGCUUAAAGAAUUUUAUUUGUGAGUAAAACGUUACAGUGAAGAAAGGCCACAGGCCCUGUCCUCCCAAGCCUGUGUCUGUAUAUGCAACUAAACUUCACGUUGUGAUACAAAGAGUUAAAAUAAACUACAAAAGUGAAACUAAAGUCAUUGCAUACGCGGGGUCGGAGGAGGGAAUAAAAGCCCAUGGUUAACUGAAGUGCAGGGUGGGGGUGGAGAACGCGACCACCGCCCGGGCAACAAAACAAGACACAGAGAAGCGGCCUGCUCGCCGUAAGCUCGAAGCAGGGGUCAGUGCCAUGCAGCCAGCCUCAGGUCCUGCCUGGGUGUCGAGUGUGUGGGACCCGACCCACAUCGGGCACUGGGUGCCCCAAGGGCCCCUCCCCCCUCCUGGGGGCCUGUCUGGGGGACAGGCUGGCACUGGAGCUCCAGGACGAGUUACUGUCGAGGAGACACCUGGCCACCCGCUAGUUCCCGCUAUCUUCCAGGGAUGUGAGGUGAAAUUCACCGCAGCGCUGGAGGGUGCGAGGUGGGCUCUGGCAGUGACUGUGCAGGACGUCAGGUGGGAACCCCCGGGGCUGACCCCUACCCCGAGCUGCCUUCAGUCAAAGCGAGGGUACCCCCUAGGCUGAACUAAGAGCAGACCCCCUCUCAGUUCCCAAACCUCUGACAGUGCUCGGAGCCCUGCUGCGGGCCCUGGGGAGGGCACACGCGCAGAGCGCGCCCCUCACGCGCCACAGUCCGCGUGCAGGGCAAGCUGCACACCUGCUGAGGGGAAAUCUAGAAAGGACCCCUUCCCUCCCAACGCACCCUCCCUAUGACGGGGAUCAAGAGACCCCAGUGAGUAAGAAACGGAGCCCGCGUCUGGUUUUGACCGCAGGGGAAGUGAAGAGACCAUGCACAGGUUGCGCUGGGUGUGCACAGGCCUGUGUGCUGCUGGGGUGGCCGGCUCAGCCCGAACCCCCCUCUCAAAGGCCACCACGGUGGCCUGGGCCUUUGGGGAGGGGGGUUCCCAGGACCUAGGCUUUGUACCCAAACAAAUGAAACCACUGAGCAGGAGGCCACGGGUUGGUCCAGUCACCUGCAACCUCGGGGUGAAGGGGAGCCUUGGGGCGAUGGGGCGCAGUGACUUCACAAGGGAAGGAGUGCAGGAGCGGCUGAGGCCAGCGCUGGCAGACCUGCCCCCAUCCAGCCAGAACCUUGACUUAGUGCCCCUGGGGACAGCACGUCCCCAGGGAGCUCACGAGAUGGGCCGAGGUGCUGGGCCCUGCAGGGCAGGGCUCGGAGGUGGACGCGGAGACCAGGUCUCCCCCGGAACCCGAGGCUGCGGGCCAGGCCGCUGUGCGCACACAAGGUUAGCACCGGUCUACGUGGGGAUUUGGUCACGCCGUGAGGGGAGCACUAGCUACACAGAGGGAUGGCCUUUUGCAUUCCAUUACGCAAGAAGACAGGGCACGAGACACACUCAGGGACAGUCUGGUGACAUCGGUUUGUGUGGGAAGGGCCUUCAGGAGUCGCUCCUCUUCUUGCUCUUCUUCAGGAAGGAGGGGGUGCGGAAUUUCUUCUUCUUUUUGGACGGGGACUUGCCCGGAGACCCAUCACUGCCAGGAUCCACAGCGGCCCCCUCC